AUGCUUGCCCUGUUCUUCUUUUUCAUAGCGUUGGCUUGUGCCUACCCCAACCGGGGUCCCUGCACUGGUGAUUGCUGGACACACGACCCUACCAUGAUCCAGCGUCACUCGGAUGGAAAGUACUUCCGUUUUGCUACGGGAACCGGUAUCAACACUAUGACGAGUGACUCCGUGAAGGGUCCCUGGAAGGACGUGGGCUCUGCUUUGCCAAAGGGCUCCAUCAUCAAGCUCGACGACGUUAGCAGUACUGACAUUUGGGCCCCUGACGUGCACUUCCAAAACAACCAGUACUACAUGUACUACGCCCUCUCCAAGACCGGCACCCAGGACUCUGAAAUCGGCGUGGCUACCUCGACGACUUUGGAACCCGGCUCCUGGACCGAUCACGGCUCUGUCGGCAUCCCGGCCAACAGCAACUACAACCGGAUCGACCCCAACUGGAUUAGCAUUGGCGGCAAGAACUACCUCAACUUCGGCUCCUUCUGGAAUGAUAUCCAGCAGAUUGAGAUGGAGAGCCCUCUCAAGGCCGCCUCUGCUCCUGCCCACCAGCUUUCCUUCAACCAGACCCUCAACCACCGCGAGGAGGGCUCCUUCAUGUUCCAGAACGGUGACUUUUACUACCUCCUUUACUGCGCCGGUAUCGCUGGCCGAUACACCGCUACUUAUCCUCCCCAAGGCGAGGAGUACCACAUCCGCGUCUGCCGUUCCACUAGCGGCACUGGUGGCUUCGUUGACCAGGAUGGCGUUGACUGCACCAAGACUGGCGGCACGCUCCUUCUCGCCAGCCACGGACAGGUCUUUGGACCCGGUGGACCUGGCGUUAUCAACGACAAGAACCUUGGCUUUGUGAUGUACUACCACUACUACCCUCUGGCCGAGAAGCAGGGUGGCGGCAAGGCCGGCAACUCGGGCUACAUGUACGCCUGGAACGAGCUCGGCUGGGAGAACGGCUGGCCAUUCGUCAAGGCCGCUUAA